AUGGACGGCACGAACGGCAGUCUCGCGCCUUCAAUCGACGUCAAGAACCUCAGCUAUCUGUUCCCCGACGGAAGCAGUGGGCUGAAGGAUGUGAUCCUCGAUCUGCCGCCCGGGAGCCGUACCCUCCUCAUAGGUGCAAAUGGCGCUGGCAAAACCACCCUCCUCCGCCUCCUCUCCGGCAAGCGCAUGGCCCCAAGCGGCAGCGUCAGCAUCGCGGGCGUGGAUCCCUUCAAAGAAGGCCUCGAGGGCGUGACCUACCUCGGCCUCGAGUGGGUGCUGAACCCUAUCGUCAGGACCGACAUCGAUGUGCCGACCCUUCUGGCUUCCGUGGGAGGGGAUUACUACUCUGAUCGUCGGGAUCAGCUCGUCAGUAUCCUGGACAUCGACCUCCGCUGGCGCAUGCACGCCGUGUCCGACGGCGAGAGGAGACGCGUACAGCUGGCUAUGGGAUUGUUGAGGCCUUGGACGAUUCUACUGCUUGAUGAGAUCACCGUGGAUUUGGAUCUGCUGUCGCGGAGCAACUUCUUGAAGUUCCUGAAGCGGGAGACUGAGACGAGGCCCUGCACCAUUGUCUAUGCUACGCACAUCUUGGAUAACCUGGCAGAUUGGCCGAGUCACUUGGUACAUAUGAGUCUGGGACGCGUCAAGAAGUGGGGCAGCAUGGAGGACUUCAAUGUGCUGGCUGAUAAGAGUAUCCAGACUGGCAACAGCCAGCUUGGCGAGUUGGUUUUGCGUUGGCUGCAAGAAGAUCUGGAUGAGAGGGGUCCAAGGAAUGCCCGUGGGAGCCAGGGGAAAACGUAUCAGUCGUAUGAAGGGAAAGGAGGGUACGGUAAUGAGAAGAAGAGUGAACGAUGA